CGUCACAUCCGCUUCCGCAAUCCUCCCCACAACGUAAACAUCGUAACGGUAGAGAUGGCUAACAGGUUAUCUUAUGUCAUGAUGCCGAAGCGAUGAUUUUUAAACCACUGGACCGACAGACCGUUCACCCCGUUCAUUUUACAUUAGUUGGAUAACCGGAGCACCAUGGAGGAGCCGUGGGAUUUUGAGUUUCUCUCCCGCAUCGCUGACAGCUGCCUGUCGUUUCUAUCCGAAUUUGUGGACGACUGGCUCGCCAACGACAUGAGAGUUUCUAUCUUCAAAAUCUUACUCAGCUGGUUGAUUUUCAGUCUUAUCGCCAUUCACUUCGCCUGGAAAGUCUACGGGAAUACAGUGAACGAUAUGUAUUAUCGACAGGGGACUGGACAGAACGGAGGUACACCUGAUACAGCUCCUCACCUCAGUGCAUGGGAGAGCAAUGCAGGAGAGACUCUGAAGACUCAUCGGGACUAACAAGACAUUGAUCUUUGGACUUUAUCCAAGUGUGCACUGGAUAGUUUGCAUCUUCCAGAGAAACUAAAGGCACUGUCCAGUUUCCUGAUAAUAAAUCAUUCCCCUCAGUGCUUCAACUACAGAUCACUUGGAGAGAAACUGGUUAAAAGUAUUGUCAGUUUAGCUCAAUGGUCCCCUUAUUUUUUUUUCUCUUUAAGUGAUUGUUACAUUAAAAAUGUGAAAUAUUUUGAUGGGUUUGUUCAUUGUUUUAAGGACCUUUUAUAGCAGACAUUAAACUUCCCAUUCCCAUGCACAAUAUAUAUAUAUACACACAUAAUGUACACAAUAAAAAAAAAUGUUCAUUCUUGAUUUACAUGAUGUGUUAAAAGAAAAAGAGACUUUUUAAUUCAUGUGAACAGUUUUUUUUUUAAUAGACUGAAUUGCAUCAGCAGGACUGAGUGAUUGAUGACAGUGAGUGCUGUGGAUGAUGAACCGUUGAUAAUGUCAUUUUUAUGAUUGCUAUUUCAUAAAACAUGUGUGCAAAAGA